AUGCUCUCCCUGAACUAUCAGUUCUCAGAAAUGAGCACAGCUUUCCUCCUUGCUGGCCUUAACAAGAUAUGGUACAAAAAGAACCCAUUCCACAGCGUAGUCUGGAGGAAGGGAAGCCAACAGUAACUCACUUACAAUGAUUGUUCCUUUGCUGAUGGUUUUUCUUUCAGUUUGUCAUGGUGCAGUUUCACUAGUGGAUACAAGUAAAUUUUUAAUAUAUAAUGAAGACCACAAGCUUUGCGUACAUGCUGUCAGUUCAAGCUACGUUACUGCCAGUACCUGUAACCAUGAAAAUGAAGAACAAAAAUUCAGAUGGAUUUCCAGUCACCAACUAAUGAGUAUCUCUUUGAAGUUAUGUUUUGGAGUGUCUUCAAAGAUUGACUGGACACCUAUUAGUCUGUACCCUUGUGACUCAGAAAGCAAUCUCCAAAAAUGGGAAUGCAGAAAUGAUACGCUUUUUGCCAUCCAAGGAGCAGAUCUUUUUUUCAAUUAUGGUAACCGUAAUGAAAAGAGAAUUAUGUUGUACAAAGGAUCAGGCGGAUGGAGUAGAUGGAAGGUCUAUGGAACCAAAGAUGACUUGUGCUCCCGGGGCUAUGAAGAUAUGUUUACCUUGAAAGGCAAUGACAACGGAGCACCAUGUGUAUUCCCUUUCCUGUAUGGCGGCAACUGGUAUGCCGAGUGUACAAAUGUUGCCAGGUCAGAUGGCCUUCUGUGGUGUUCAACAACGAGAAACUAUGAUACGGACAAAAAAUAUGGCUUUUGCCCAGUGAAAUCUGAUGGAAUGCAGCAGCUAUGGAAAAAAGACCCUUUGACAGAUAUGCAAUAUCAGAUAAACUCAGAUGCUGCACUAACAUGGUACCAAGCUAGUAAAAGUUGUGAGCAACAAAGUGCCCACCUGCUGAGCAUCACAGAGCUUCAUGAGCAAACAUGGCUGACAGGGUUAACUUCCAGUUUGACUACUGAACUCUGGUUUGGUCUUAACGGUUUGGACUUCAACAGUGGAUGGCAGUGGAGUAAUGGCCAUCCUUUCAGAUAUCUAAACUGGGCACCAGGAAGUCCUUCUCCAGAGCCUGGAAAAAUCUGUGGAACAUUUAAUCCUGGUAAAAAUGGCAAAUGGGAAAGCCAAGAAUGUGGAAGGAAACUUGGUUACAUUUGUAAAAAAGGAAAUGCUCUUCCCAACAGCUUCAUUAAUCCUUCAGAACCAAAUGUGGCCAUACAGUGUCCUGAAGGAUGGAUAGCAUACACAGAUCACUGUUAUAAAAUCAACAGAGAAACCACUUUGUGGAAAGAUGCCUUAACUUUGUGUAGAAAGGAAAGUGGGGAUCUGGCAAGUAUUCACCAUGUUGAAGAGUACAGCUUUAUAAUUUCUCAGCUUGGAUAUAGACCAACUGAUGAACUGUGGAUUGGACUGAAUGACCUCAAGGUUCAAAUGUACUUUGAAUGGACAGAUGGGACUCCUGUAACAUAUACCAAAUGGCUACCUGGAGAGCCAACACAUGCUAGCAGCAAGCAAGAAGACUGUGUUGUUAUGAAAGGGAAGGAUGGGUAUUGGGCAGAUCAAGAAUGUGAUGUGAAACUUGGAUACAUUUGCAAAAGGAAACCAUUAAAUGAAGCGCCAGAGGAAAAAGAGAUGAUUCCAGAAGGCUGCCAGAGAGGCUGGAAAAGACACGGUUUGUACUGUUACAUGAUUGGAAAUGUAUUUGCAACAUUUGCUGAAGCAAAUCAGACAUGUAUAAAAGAUGGUGCCUAUUUAGCUUCUAUUGAGGACAGAUAUGAGCAAGCAUAUCUGACCAGUUUGGUUGGGCUUAGGUCAGAAACUUAUAUCUGGAUUGGCUUGUCCGACAUGCAAGAAAAAGGAACGUUCAGGUGGUCCAGUGGAGAACGUGUCAAGUUCACUCACUGGAAUUCAGAAAUGCCUGGACGGAAGCCAGGUUGUGUGGCUAUGAGAACUGGAAUUACAGGGGGAUUAUGGGAUCUUCUCAAAUGUGAAACAAAGGCAAAAUUUCUAUGCAAGCGCAUUGCGGAUGGAAUGACUCCCCCACCUCCACCAACAACAACACCGGCUCCCAGAUGCCCUGAAGACUGGGGUCCCAGUGAUGAGAGGGGUUUGUGCUUCAAGGCUUUCACAAGAAAAGAUGAACAAAAAUCAUGGGCUGAUGCUCGGAGUUUUUGUAUAGCUAUUGGUGGUGAACUGGUCUCCAUUAGCAGUUCAAAGGAAGAACGUUCUCUGCAACGCUACUUAUCGAACUUUGGAUACUCCAAUGAGCAUUACUGGCUUGGUUUAAAUUACUUAAGCCCAAUGGAAGGAUUUGCUUGGAGCGACGACUCUCCAUUAGGAUAUGUAAACUGGGGAUAUGGAGAACCCAAUAAUUAUAAUGGAAUAGAACACUGCGCAGAACUAAAUGCAGAUGCUCGUAUGCGCUGGAAUGAUGUGCACUGUGACGAAUUAUACUCUUGGAUAUGCCAGCUCAAAAAAGGAUUGGAACCAAAACAAGAACCAACAAAUCCACCUUCGCCAAAAUUUGAAUUUACCACUGAUGGUUGGCUCAUUCAAGGAGACAAGCAGUAUUACUUUGGCACUGAUAAAGUUCCUAUGGAAAAAGCACGGGAAUUUUGUAAGAAAAAUUUUGGGGAUCUGGCUGUCAUUGAAAGCAACACUGAAAGAAGAUUUUUAUUAAAAUAUAUCUUGCAGAAUGACCAGGUGGACAGUUACUUCAUUGGUUUACAACUAAGUCUUGAUAAGGUGGCUAAGUGGAUGGAUGGAACACCUGUGCAAUAUUUAGCCUGGGCACCACAUGAACCCAAUUUUGCAAACAAUGAUGAAAACUGUGUAGUCAUUUACCGAAGAACAGGACUUUGGAAUGAUGUAAACUGUGGCUACCCAUCACCUUUCAUAUGUGAAAGACACAAAAGUUUGGUCAAUACAACAGCUGCUCCUACAACACCUUCUGUACCAGGAGGUUGUCCAGAAUCAUGGCUUCUGUUUGAAAACAAGUGCUACAAAGUAUUUGGAUUUAAAGAGGAUGACCAAAAAUCUUGGAAUGCUGCACGCUCUGUUUGUGUGGAUCCUGACAUUGGAGGGAACCUGGCAACCAUAUCUAAUGAAAGAUUACAAGCCUUCCUUACUUUCCAAUUAAAAAAUUUACAAACAGAUGCAUGGAUAGGAUUAAAUGAUAUUAAUGAAGAACACAUGUACUUGUGGACAGAUGGAACAGGAGUCAACUACACAAACUGGGCAAAAGGCUUUCCAUCAUCUAAUUAUGAUGGAGCAAUGGAAGACUGUGUUGUAGUGAAAAAUAGGCCGCUGAAAGAAGCAGGGACAUGGAAACAUUUUCGCUGUUCCAUUAUGAAAGGCUACAUAUGCCAGACCAAUACAAACCCCAAAUACUCUGUUCCAUCACCCACCCCAGUACAUCAUAUCUUUUAUGACAACAGUACCUACUUCAUCAUUGAAUCCAAAAUGACAUGGAAGGAAGCCCAGCAAAGGUGCCAAGUUCAAAAAGAAGACUCAGCCCUUGCUAGUAUUUUAGAUCCCUUCAGCUAUUCUGUUCUCUGGCUACAAAUCUUAAAGUACAAAAGCCCUGUGUGGAUCGGUCUCAACAGCAAUGUGACCAACGGACAAUAUACAUGGAUUGAUAAAUUCAAUAUGAAGUAUACGAAAUGGGCUGCAGGUGAACCAAAACAAAAUUUUGGCUGUGUUUAUAUAGACCUGGAUGGAGGAUGGAAGACAGGAUCAUGUGAUCAAAAUUAUCUUCCACUUUGUAAACACUCUCUUUUGAAAGCACCUACAGAACCACCUCAACAUCCAGGGAAAUGCCCAGAAUCAGAGGACAAGUCUUGGCUUCCUUUCCGUGGUCACUGUUACUAUUUUGAAUCUUCCGCUAGAAAGAAUUGGCCAAGAGCUUCUUUAGCUUGUUUACAAUUAGAUGCAAAUCUGGUUUCAAUAGCUGAUGCAGCAGAAGCACGUUUUCUAACAGAAAAUAUAGAACUUCUUGAAACAAAAAUCCGAUCAUUUUGGACAGGAAUGUACAAAAAUUUGAAUGGCAAUUGGUUAUGGCUUGAUAAUACUGUAAUGGAUUUCGUCAACUGGAAUAUUGGAGAACCUUCACCCCAGACCAGUGAAGAGUGUGUGGAAAUGUAUAGUUCAUCUGGAAUGUGGAAUAAUGCUUAUUGCAGUUCCUAUGCAGGAUACAUUUGCAAAAAACCAAAAAUUUUCGACAUGGUCCCUACUGAGAAGAUUCCAGAAAAACCUGCACAUAGAAAGGAAGAUACCGAACCAGCACCAUCCCACAGUAAAGCUACUGCUGUGGUAGUUGUUGUGAUUCUCAUUCUAGCAGGAGCUGCUUUGGCAGGUUACUAUUUCUACAAGAAGAGAAAUCAACACUUGCUGACAGAUGACAACUUUGAGAAUUCUCUCUACUUUAAUAGCAGCUCAGCUCCUGGACCUAGUGAUACAAAGGACCUGGUGUUGAAUAUGGAGCAGAAUGAACAUGCUGCCAUUUAGUCUGAUGAAAUAUAAUCUGUGUCUUGUUUAAUAAACAUAUGAAACUCACGGAGCACUCUACCAAACCAUUUUUUCUUUUACAAAAUAGUAAUUACGAGCAUCUCUGUUUCAGUAUGUUUAAUACUCAAACGAAACAUCAGUAAUUUAAUGUUGUACUCCCAAUAAUUCAACAGCUUUAUCUGAUGGCUAAAAUUUGAAGUAUACCUGUGGGGAACCAUUUCUGGAUGGGAGUAAGUGCUAAAAUAAUAAUAUUGAUAAUUCCCCCUAGAUCUUCAUUAUUCAUAAAAUGGUGGUGGAAAACUAAUUUUUUUACUGGAAUACUCAUUAUUUAUUUGUUUAACUCAAUGUGCCUUAGUUCCUCAAGCACCAGCAGAUCUGCACAUAUAAGUGUCGCUUUAUGAUCCAUAUUGCUAUGACCCCAACAUAUGGAGAAAGGAUUCACCAUCACAGAUGCUGUGAAUUGCUCAACAAAGUGCUGACAUGGUAUUGUCACCAGGGGGAGGUCUGUAGCUCAGUUGAACACCAUGCACUUUCCAUACAGAUGGUUCAGCCUAUGGCAUUGCCAAUUAAAAGACUGAAAGUCCGAGGGUCGGGCUAGAUCAGUGCCUGAGCUUUAUGAAUGAGGGCUUGGAAAAAUCUGUCUCUCAAAACAGAGGAGAGUGUUUCAUACUUCCAUGGGACUCCUAGACAAAACAGCUGUAUCUUUCAAGAGAUGUGGAAUAUUCUUUUCCUUUUGUUGCACAUUUAAACUUGUGAUUAAUUUACUUUGUCAAAACUAGCUGAAGCUGUUCUCUGAUAGCAGUUGAUGCAAUGUGAUAAAUGAGCAGAUAUUUUCCCAUAUAAAAUAAAAUAAUUAACAAUGGAUAGGUUUUAUCACUUGAACCCGUAAAUGUGCUACUACAGUAUAAAACUCAGCUGUAAAAUUCUUUUCCCCCACUUUGAUGCAAAAAGGCAACAUUGUUUAUGACUUUAUUUAAACCAUCUUUGUAUUUCUUUUAUAAUAAACAAUAAAAGGAGAUAUCUUUUA